GUUUAGUGAUGCGGUAUAACUCAAGCAACACAAACGAGCUCUCUGCGCAUGCGCCUUAAGGUGGUCUUCAUCACUCCACAGUCAUGUCGAAGAGAGGACGUGGAGCAUCGUCGGGCGGAAAGUUCCGCAUUUCCCUGGGUCUGCCCGUGGGGGCAGUCAUGAGUUGUGCUGACAACACUGGGGCCAAGAACCUGUACAUUAUUGCCGUUCAGGGAAUCAAGGGCCGUCUGAACCGUCUGCCAGCUGCUGCUGUGGGUGACAUUGUGGCCGCCACCGUGAAGAAGGGAAAGCCUGAACUUAGGAAAAAGGUCCACCCUGCAGUAGUAGUGAGGCAGAGGAAGCCUUACCGCAGGAAGGAUGGCGUCUUCAUCUACUUUGAAGAUAAUGCAGGCGUAAUAGUUAAUAAUAAAGGAGAAAUGAAAGGUUCAGCCAUUACUGGUCCAGUAGCUAAGGAGUGUGCUGAUCUGUGGCCAAGGAUUGCCUCAAACGCUGGCUCGAUAGCUUGAGUUUAACAAUAAAGAAAAAAAAGUC